CCCCUCCCCUGGGCCAUGGCCUCCGCGGCCGUGCUGCGGGUGCAGAGGAAGCGCGGCGGCCCCGAGCCGGCCGAGGCGCUGCUCCUCGCCUGCAAGCGGCGCCGCCAGGAGCCGGUGGAGAGGAGCCUCUUCAAGCUGGUGGCCACCGUGUCCUCCAAGAAUGAACCAGUUCAGAAAUACGUUAAGGAUGCCAUCACACGAGACAAAGCAGCUCAGAGUCUGCGGCCCUCUGUGGGAAGCACUCAGAGAAUCAUUCAGGAGCUCCGUUCUUCCAAGCAAGUGAAAAGGAAGGAAAACCGCUACCGUGUAAUAGCCAGCCAUCGACCUGACUGCACUGAGACAGCUGCACCUGCUGCAAGUGCUGAGGCUCCCGCUGAUGGGGACAGGUCAGACUCUGGAGCAAAGGAAGAUGCUGCACAAGAGGAGGGUGGUGCUGUUGAUAAGAGUUCGGACUGCUGUGCGAAGUUCCAGUUGUUUGAUAUUGUCCAAGAAGAGGAGAUGGUGGGAGACUCCAGCAUAACCUCUGCAAAUUCACAGAAGAUUGAUCCAGAUGUGAUUCUCUGCAAUGCAGUAGAGAUGAUCCGUGAGCGUUUAAAUGUUUCUGAAGAUGCUAAAAAACACCAUGACAAGGAAGAUGAGUAUGUUUAUGACAUCUACUAUAAGGAAACAUCAGCCCCUGGUUGGAUUGAAAAUAUCCUCUCUGUACAGCCCUACAGAGAAGAAUAUGAGUGGGUGAAUGAUGAUCCUGUUCCAGAGGAAGUAUAUGAAGAUGAAGAUGAUGAAAAUGAUGAAAAUAACUGGCGUAAUGAUUAUCCUGAAGAAGAUGAAUUCUUACCUGAGGAAGAUGGAGAAAAAGAGCCUGAAGAGAGCUCCAGUGAUGAGGACCAAUAUUACAGGAGAAGAACGUGGGACAAAUACCGACAGGAGGUUCUACAGGAAUUUGGAUACGAUGAGAUGGAAGAUUUGGAUUCUGACUAACAGUUCUUUUUUGAAGAUGAAAGGUUUACUGAAGAUGAAAUUCUCCUGCUGUAGGAGAACGCACCAUCUGAACAGCCACCUUCAGCUGGUAAAUACUGAACAGAGGGGU